AGUUGAUAUUUGGUCGUCAUCGCUGAUUGUUGAUCACUUGUCAGCUUUUGUUGAUUCAUUAUUCAUUCGUAUUUUCUUCGUAAGCGAUGCAAGCAGUGCUGGACGUGGUCAAAUUCCAUUGUGCACCUUGAAAAAAACUGUAUUCGUGGAGCUAUGAUUAACUUUGCAUGACGUACAGUGCAGACAACAGUGCAUCACAAUUUGAACCGUGGACUACGCAGCGGUUUUCGGAAGUAUUUUUUGUUUCGCUAAAUCGCUGUAAGCGAGAUAUCGAGCCGGUUAUUGUCAUUCUUGUGGACUAACUAACAAGGGUCUCGGAAAUGAAGACCUUACUAUUUUUUGCGCUUGUAGCUUUUGCUACUGUGCAAUGUGAAUAUAAAACGUUGCACGGUAACGUUGAUCGUAUUGAAGAACGCACAAAGACUUUUGUGAUGGAUGCGGGAGACGUUGAGAUGGGGAAUCACAGGAGGAAGAGGGCCGCAACACCAGCAGCAGCCGAAGUUUCAGAUGGCAUAACAAAGAUCAACCAUCUGAACGACACCCACAAACAACUGAUGGUGCAUUGGGUAGGCGAGAAGAGCAACGUGGUGAUAUGCCUGGCUCGCGACCCCGCCCCGUUGAUUCCAGGCUUCACCAAAAUGGGGCCGUCGAACGUUUAUAUAUCUUACGACGAUGGAGAUACUUACGUCAACAAGACGGACAGUUUCAAGUUCAACGGUAGCUACAGCGUGCUGGAGAAGUUCUACAAUCAUCCAAAGUAUAAUACGCACUUUGUAUUCACGGACAUAACCAACAAUUCUCUGUUCGUCACCACCGAUUAUGGCCAGAGCUUCAGAAGGAUCCAGUUAAGUUUCACCCCUUCAGAGGUUUCCUUCCACGAAUAUCAGCCGUCGACGUUCGUCUUAUUGGAUAAAAACGACACAUCUCAUAAGUUUUGGGUGACGGAGGACUUUGGAAAAACCUUCCGUCUGGCACACGAAUUCGUAAAAUCCUUCUACUGGUUCAAGGACAGCGACGAGAAUUUGCAGCUGAUCUUACAACGAUCCGAACCGAACAACAUGAGUUCGAUAAUCUAUUCGAAAACGCUGUUCAAAAAUAGAGCGUCUCAGAUAUAUUCGACGAACGUUAAGGAUUUCUUUUUGAAAGGAGACUACUUGUUUACCACCAAAAAUAAUUCGAAGGGCGACUUGGAACUGUACGUAUCCUACAAACUAGGCAGACAAAUCCUCUGCGUGUUCAACACCACUCAGAAAGCGAAAAGUUUCUUCGUAGUAGAUGUGACUGGGAACAGAGCAUUGGUUGUUAUAAGUCACACGAAUGUCACGUCGCAUCUCUACGUUUCCGAAAAUUUGGCUGGAAAUGACGGAAAAGUCAAAUUCACCCUGUCGCUGGAGAAUAUUUUCGCUUUUCUACCGGGAACCACAUGGCAGGAUUCAUGGCUUCACCACCUGUACGACGAAGCCUUCAUCGACAUCUACAAAGUGGAAGGUCUCUCCGGAAUCUACAUCGCCUCCAAGCUGAUCUCGAAACCGAUGGGCAGCUCUUUGGGUCCGCAGCAUCUCGGAUCCGUCAUUACUUUCGAUCACGGUGCCACCUGGCGACCGAUCCAGCCACCAUCUCGAGACCUCGAAGGCCAAACGACCGCCUGCGUACUUGCCAGGAACUGUUCUUUGCAUCUCAGUCAGAAGUUCGGACAAAUCUUCCCCGAUACGAGAUCGGUCAGCAUUUUGUCCAGCAAAUCGGCGCCAGGCAUCAUCAUGGCGACCGGUGUUAUCGGGAAGAGCCUGAAAGGGCAUUACGGGGUUUACAUCAGUCUCGAUGCAGGUUUAACAUGGAGGCACAUCUUGAGGGACUUGUACUUCUUCAACAUGGGUGAUCACGGUGGUAUACUGACUGCAGUCAAAUAUUACAAGACGAAAGGCGAGACGAGGCAUAUAGAAUAUAGCAUCAACGAAGGCAAACAGUGGAAGAAGACGGCGUUCCAUAACGAGGAACUCAAACUGUACGGCUUGAUGACCGAACCUGGAGAAAAUACAACGGUUUUUACAAUGUUUGGUUCGCUGCCCGAACAUCACCAGUGGAUCAUUGUCAAGGUGGACUUGAAGAACGUGUUCAACCGUACAUGCAAACAAAGCGAUUAUAAAAUGUGGAGUCCGAGCCAAAGUACGGAGUUUAGAAAUUACAUUCCAUGCAUUAUGGGUGAACAAACCACCUACGAAAAACGUAUGCCCGACGCAACUUGCCUGAACGGUUUGGACUACGUGAGAGUUGUCUCGAAGCAGAAGUGCGGAUGCGACAUCAACGAUUUCGAAUGUGACUUUGGCUUCAUGAAAGUCGGCAGCCCGCCAAGGUGCGUCUUUGACAAGAAUCUGACGAAAGCCAUCGGCUAUGAUCCUUACAAACCCCCUUCGACUUGCAAGCCGGGAGAUUUCUACAACAGAACUAAAGGAUACAGGAAAAUAUCGGGCGACAUCUGCGUAGGAGGUUUUGAUUUCCAUUAUUUGCCCGAUAUGGUGCCUUGCCCCGUAGAUCCGAUCGAUGAUUUCAUAUUGUUCGCCCAGCGAGAGCGGAUUUCAAGAUACAACCUGAUCACGAAGAAAAUGGAAGAGCUGCCGGUGAAAAACCUGAAAAACGUGAUCGCGAUCGACUUCGACCUAGCGACGAAUUGCGUCUUCUGGGCGGACAUAGCCUUGGACACGAUCAGCCGUCAAUGUUUCACCAACGGCACCAAAUGGGACGUGUUGGUAUCCAGCGAUCUGUCCUCGAUCGAGGGAAUGGCGUUCGAUUGGAUCUCGAAGACGCUCUAUUUCGUCGACGGGGUCAGGCAGAAGAUAGAGCUGAUCAGGACCGAUAUCAAUCACAGCGGCAGGAUGAGGAGGACCAUUCUCAACUCGACCGUUUUGCAUAGACCUAGAGGCAUAGCGCUGCAUCCGCAAAGUGGAUAUCUGUUUUGGACGGAUUGGUCUUCAGAAAAUCCGUCUGUAAACCGAGCAAACCUGGACGGUAGCAGUCCUGUUACACUUUUCGGAAGAGAUACCGUCGAAUGGCCGAACGGAAUCACUGUAGACUACAUAGCCAACAGAAUCUACUGGGUAGACGCCAGGCAGGACUACAUCGCGAGCUCCGAUCUGCAUGGUGACGGAUUCGUGAAAGUGAUCGCCAAUAAUGGCGUUGUUACUCAUCCGUUCGCAAUCGCCGUGUUCAAAAACAACAUGUACUGGGACGACUGGAAGAGGAAUUCGAUCUUCGGCGCUGAUAAGGAGAUCUUUAUGGGCAUCGAUGUGCUUUUGUCGGAUCUGCCUGGAUUGAUGGAUCUCAAGGUAUUCGCGCACGGCCUCCACAUCGGCACGAACGCCUGCUCGAACUCGACCUGCCCGUACGUCUGCGUCGGCAUGCCGAAGAACAAAUCCGCCUGCCUCUGCCCGGACGGUCUGUACAUGCAGAACGGACGAUGCAUGUGCCCCGGUGGCGGCGAACCGCGCAAGAACCUCAAGUGCCCGGCGGCGAAGAACAGCUGCAGUUCGGAGCAUUUCACGUGCGGCACCGGCCUGUGCAUUCCCAAGGGAUGGGAGUGCGACGGGGAGGACGAUUGCGGCGAUAAUUCGGACGAGAUGAGGUGCGCCGACGCGUGCCCGUCGUCGUUCUUCUUCUGCGAGAGCGACGGCAAAUGCAUACCGCAGUAUUGGAAGUGAGUGAUUCGAUAUCGGUGUUCUAGAUGAAUUGAAUUGUCAUGAUUUUCAUUAUGUACUGAGUGACAAGGAAGAUGUGACUAUCACAAAGACUGCGCCGACGGAUCGGACGAGAAAGGAUGUCCGAGACAGAACUGCACGGACGAUCAAUUUGCAUGUCAAAAUGGCAGAUGUAUACUAUCGAAAUGGAGAUGUGACGGCGAAAACGACUGCAAAGACGGGUCUGAUGAGAGGAACUGUAAUGUUGACAUGCCAACUACCUGCAAAAAUGACGAAUUUAAAUGUUCGAGCGGCACGCGUCGCUGUAUCGCCAUAACGUGGCGUUGCGACGGCGAGCCGGAUUGCAGCGACAACUCUGACGAACUCGAUUGCGCCAAGAACACCUGUUCCGAAGAACAGUUCUCGUGCGGUCCGCCGACGAACAGAUGCAUCUACAGCACGUGGGUGUGCGACGGAGAUAGAGAUUGUCAGGAUGGCAGAGACGAGGUGAAUUGCACGACGCCUGCGGCGACUAUGGCGCCGUCUGGACAACCGGUUGUGCCGCCGUUCGAGGCGAGGAACGGCACGUGUCAAGACUGGAUGUUCAAAUGCAAGAAUGGCCGUUGCAUACCGUUCUGGUGGCGAUGCGAUGGCGUGAACGAUUGCGGAGAUGACAGCGACGAAGGAGAUUGUCAGGAACCUAUGGCGCCCACAGUGACAGCCGAAACUACCACCACGCCAUCACCGAAUGCUCACCAGAUUUGCGGCCACAACCAGUACAGUUGCGAGGACGGCCGAUGCAUUUACGCCGCAUGGAGGUGUGACGGAAUGUACGAUUGCCCGAACGGAGAGGACGAGAUGAACUGCAACGGAUACAACAACUGCACCAACGGACAGUUUAGGUGUAGGAUGGACGGCAGCUGUAUACCCAUGUCUGCUGUAUGUAAUGGAAUCAGAAACUGCCCGGACAGCUCCGACGAGUCCCUGUGCGAGCACAACCUGCCGAACGGACCGGCGACUCCGAGCUGCAGCGUUGGUCUGUUCCCUUGCGACGGCGGUUGCAAUCCGCUCGCUCUGCUCUGCGACGGAAAAGUUGACUGCAAAGAUGGAUACGAUGAAACGAACUGUCAGAAGACGAACAAGAUCUAUCAGGUCAUAUACAUACAUGUCGAUAUUAGCGGCCUGCAAGAGGACAGAAUCCGCCUCCUUUGGAACGUGCCUACGGAAGCAGUCAAGCUAGAGUUCAUGCCUUCCAUCAGCAAAAUUGGGGAGGAUAAAUGGGAGAACAAAACGUGGACCUCGGAUCAUUCGUACGUCUUCACGGAUCUUCAACCGUUCACCAAAUACAACAUGACAGUCUACGCGAGAGUCCAGAAUACCAGCACCAUAUACCCGCCGGCAAGGUAUGUAGUCUACUGGACAGACGAAGGAGUUCCUUCUCCACCAUGGAACGUAACAGCGAGACAGACGAACUACUCUCACGUGUUGAUUUCGUGGAACAAACCGCACAAACCUAACGGAGUUAUAACGAAAUACGAUAUCUACUACACGUCCACGAACGCGUCCGAUAUCAAACUGGAACUGCCUGGAAACGAGACGUCGCAUCUGCUCACUCAUGAAUUUGAAGACAACGUGACCUAUACUUUCUGGGUUAUAGCCCACAACAACUACUACCCCAGCAACAAAUCUGAAGCAGCGACGUUGGUCUAUGACGUGAACACGGUGACGAACAUCAAAAAUCUCUCUGUGGUCAACGAAACUGAAGAAAGCGUCACGAUAUCCUGGCAGUACGAAGGGGAAACGGAUAGCUUUAACGUCAAGGUGCAGGCUCUCGAUCCGAUAACAGUCAGAUUCUAUCCGAAUUUGCCGCUGUUUACCACCAAAAACAAGACUUUUACUAUGAAAUUGGCACCUGGACUGAAUUGCAGUAUAACGGUGACUGCGUUCAAGAAAAAUUUGGAAGGUCCCCCGUCGACGAUCAACAUUAAAAGAAUGGGCAAACCGCUGCCGGUAGUGAGCAACUUCGAGGCUAGAGUAAUCAAGGACGUCGGUACUGCUGUUAAAGUUACAUGGGAACGGCCAAAAUACCUCAAAAAACUGAACUGGGUGUACGGUGUGUACUACGGCCUUUCGAUCUCGGAACUAUUGGAAAAACCCAGACUAAGAACGCUGAACGAAACGGCAACAGUGAAAGACCUGGAUUCCUGCACGAUCUACCUGUUCGCCGUCGGUCUUGUCGGUCCGGUUGGAUACGGGCCGAUUCCGGUACAUUUGCAGCAAAUCAGUACGGCUGAAAAUCCGAAAGCGCCUCCGAAAAGGGUAUCUGUCACUGCGUUUGGCGGUGACGGACUCAAGAUGAAGGUGUCGUGGAUGCCUCCUUGUCCAAGGACGCAGACUAAGGCUUAUCUGAUAAACGUAGUGAACAAAGUGAACACCCAAACGUGGCAUCGUCGCACCAACAACACGGACGCCCUCUGGCGCGUGUUCAACGUUUCCUACGGUGGCGUUUAUGAGGUCACUGUGGCCACAGAAGAGUCGUUCCCUAUCUCAUCGAAACCCGUCGUUUAUCACGCGCCGACCAUUUCGCCGCCGUACGGAGUCAGCGUCAAUCCGGCAACCAAUGGCAGUUAUGUCAUCAUGUGGGAGGAAAGACAGCUACCACCUAUUUGUGGCGAUUACUACUACGAAGUCUUGGUACAAGAAGGAACCAACCUGAAUGAAACUACGGCGCACAAGAUCAGAGUUGAAAAACCGCCGUUGAUUUACAGUAAUUCAUCUUCGGAUACAUACACGUUUGCAGUUAGGGUCCGUACCAAGGCGGGGAUGCUCUCCAUGGCCUCAGAGGCAGUGAGCAAGAGAAUGGAGGUUAUACAACCGUCUAUCAACAUGACAGCGAUCGUUGUGCCUAGUUUGUUGGUGCUUAUAGCUUUGCUGUCUGUAAUAGUCUUCCUGGUUGUGAAGAACCGUAGGUUACAAAGUAACUUCUCUAGGU